GUUUUUAAUAAGAACUUAAAGAGCUUGCAGCGCAAAGGAACAAGCCAAAUGAUUGUGCACUACCACUCACAUACAGUUAUGCUCAUAUAGAUUUACCUCCAAAACUGACACAAGAGCAUCUCUUCUCUUCCCCAGGACUCUUAAAAAGUGGUUUAAGAAGGACUUCACUUGGUUUCUUCACUGGGCUCCGGCUUUGAUGCUGCAGGUCACCUGAUCAGUUUUACUAGAGCAGAUCCUGAUUCACCUUCAACACUAUUAGGAAAACACCUUGCUGAUGACAGUUCGAUUGGAUACGGGUCGCCCCUGCUGCUGCAGGCACCUUUUUUUCUUCACUAUCUGAGGAUUACAUGCUGUAAAUUUCAACUUUUUUUUACUUCUAAAAGCUAAUCUGAACUCUCAAUACCUCCAGUACCUGAACUGGGCUGGAAGAUCCCAAGAUGAGCGUCAAAAAAGAAGAUGUGGAGAAGUUCCUGGAUGGAAAUCCAGAUUUCACCAAAACCUACUUUGACAAGAAGCUCAAACCUGGUGCUGUGGCCUCAAUCAUGCGAGUGCCCGAGUCUAAAGUGGACAUGGACAGUUUUAAGGAGAUCGUCUCGGUGGAAGAGGGAGCAAUUUUCUACGAUCUCAUCACAGACAUGCAGGAGAACGUCAACAUGGAGAAGGUGAUUUUUAAGAUUUUGAAGAGAAUCAGCGCUCUGAUUCAUGCGGACCGCUGCAGUCUCUUCAUGUAUCGGCAGAGGAACGGCAUUGCCGAAUUGGCCACACGUCUCUUCAACGUUAAUAAAGACUCAGAGCUGGAUGAUUGCGUGGUAGCUCCAGACUCUGAGAUCGUCUUCCCUCUGGACAUCGGGAUAGUUGGACAUGUGGCUCAGACCAAGAAACAAGUCAAUGUGAAGGACGUUACACAGGACAGUCACUUCAGCACAUUCGUUGAUGAGCUUACUGAAUACACCACACACAACCUCCUGGCUGCGCCUAUUAUGAAUGGAAAAGAUGUAGUAGCUGUGAUCAUGGCUGUCAACAAGACCACCGGACCCCAUUUCACAGAUGAGGAUAUGGAUCUUUUUUUAAAGUAUCUCAAAGUUGGCUCUCUGAACCUGAAGAUUUUUCAUCUGAGCUACCUUCACAACUGUGAGACGCGUAAAGGACAGCUGCUGUUGUGGUCGGCUAACAAGGUGUUUGAAGAGCUCACAGAUAUUGAACGACAGUUUCACAAAGCUUUGUACACAGUGCGAGCUUACCUCAACUGUGACAGGUACUCUGUGGGCCUGCUGGACAUGACCAAGGAAAAGGAGUUCUUUGAUAUUUGGCCCGUGCUGAUGGGGGAGCAGCCACCUUACUCUGGCCCUGUAACUCCAGACGGAAGAGAAAUAAUUUUUUACAAAGUUAUCGAUUAUAUUUUGCAUGGGAAAGAGGACAUCAAGGUCAUACCAAAUCCAACUGCAGAUCAUUGGGCUUUGGCUAGUGGAUUACCCACAUAUGUAGCAGAGAGUGGAUUUAUUUGCAACAUCAUGAAUGCAGCAUCAGAAGAAAUGUUCAAGUUUCAGACAGAGGCUCUGGAUGAUAGUGGAUGGACCAUCAAGAAUGUGCUCUCCUUGCCAAUUGUCAACAAAAAAGAAGAAAUUGUUGGCGUUGCAACUUUCUACAACAGGAAGGAUGGCAAACCAUUUGAUGAACAUGAUGAGCAACUUAUGGAGGCUUUGACACAGUUUUUAGGCUGGUCGGCUCUCAACACAGACACCUACGACAAAAUGAAUAAACUGGAGAACAGGAAAGAUAUUGCCCAGGACAUGGUGCUGUACCAUGUCAAAUGUCGAGAUGAUGAGAUCCAAGAUAUCCUCAAAACAAGAGAAUAUUUUGACAGGGAGCCAAGGGACUGCGAGGAGGAGGAGCUUUUGGAGAUUCUGAAAAAAGAGCUGCCCGGCCCCAAGAAGUUUGAGAUCUACGCUUUCCAUUUUUCAGAUUUUGACUGCACUGAACUCCAGCUUGUUAUGUGUGGCAUCCAGAUGUACUAUGAAGUUGGAGUGGUUAAAAAGUUCCAGGUCCCUCAGGAGGUUUUGGUGAGAUUCAUGUACUCUGUCAGCAAAGGUUACAGGAGAAUCACGUAUCACAACUGGCGCCAUGGCUUCAAUGUUGGACAAACCAUGUUCACUUUACUCACGACAGGCAAACUGAAGCAGUAUUACACGGAUUUGGAGGUGAUGGCCAUGAUCACUGCCGGUUUCUUGCACGAUAUCGACCACAGAGGCACAAAUAACCUCUACCAAGUGAAAUCCCAAAAUCCUCUAGCCAAGCUGCAUGGAUCCUCCAUUCUAGAAAGGCAUCACUUGGAAUUUGGCAAAUUCCUGUUAGGCGAAGAGUCGUUGAACAUUUUCCAGAACCUCAACAGAAGACAAACAGAACAUGUCUUCCACCUCAUUGAUAUUGCCAUUAUUGCAACUGACCUUGCCUUGUACUUCAAAAAGAGGACGAUGUUUCAGAAGAUUGUGGAUCUCUCUGAAACCUAUGAAGAAAGAAAGAAAUGGAUAGACUUCAUGUCACUGGAGACAACAAGGAAAGAAAUUGUAAUGGCCAUGAUGAUGACAGCGUGUGAUCUCUCAGCUAUCACAAAGCCAUGGGAGGUGCAGAGCAAGGUUGCCCUCUCUGUAGCAGCUGAAUUCUGGGAGCAGGGUGACCUUGAGAGGACCGUUCUUGAGCAACAGCCUAUUCCCAUGAUGGACAGAAACAAAGCUGCAGAGCUGCCGAAGCUUCAGUGUGGUUUUAUUGACUUCGUCUGUACUUUCGUCUAUAAGGAGUUCUCCCGUUUCCAUCCUGAAAUCAAGCCAAUGUUUGAUGGUAUUCUAAACAAUCGGAUGCAUUGGAAAGAGAGGCAGGAGGAAUAUGAGGCAAAACUAAAGGCAAUGGAAGAGGCAGUCAAAGCCAGACAGGAAGCAGCUGCCAAAAACGCUGCAAAUUCCAACAGCACCGGCGGAUCAGGGUCCAAGACCUGCUCUAUCUGUUAGAGAAAAGACAACAGUACAGAGAGCAAGGCAUCUCAAGAUGCAGCCUGGCCUCCUAAGUAUUAAGUCAAACAGGGGGAGAUCAUCCUUAUCCCUAGGAUUUGCAAGGAUCUGAUCAAAGAGUGAGUGUAAAAAAACAUAUCAAUGCUCUCAGCAAGUCACAAGACCACCUACUUACUAAAACAUUGUUGGAUCUUGCCUUGCAGUUAGUAUUACUCUUCAAUUGUCUUUCCUUUUGGUCAUAGUGUUUGUUUUAAGCAGUUUCAUUGAGCGAUAGACGGUUUCAAUAAUGACGAUGCAUUUUAAAUGUACUACAGAAGUGAAUGUUUUUCAUUUAGUCCCUUACUGGACAUUGCCUGAUACUUGAUAUCAACCAGGUCCACAACAAGUUGAUGUACAAUCAUGUGCAGAAUGUUAUUGUAAUUUAAGGAACUUGUGGUAAUAAGAAACGGGAAUAAUUGUGCAUUUAGCGUCACCCUUAACUUACAUAUUUAUUCCCUCUAAAAGUGAUCACAUCAUACUGCUGGGAUGCUAAUGAGCUUUUGUAGGCGCAUUAAUGUGCAACUGGAUAUAUACUAAUGAGCCAAAACAAUAUGACUGAGUAGAUUAGAUGUAACCAAACAAUCACAAUCUUGUAAAUCAUUGUGUUGGAUACAGUAGAGAUGGGUAGGAAAAAAAGACCUGAGUAAAUUUGACGAGGCUCAAAAAGUGAUUGGUAUCUGGGUCUCUGAAACGGCAAGAUUUGUAGGUUGCUUUUAGUCAGCGUUAAGUGAAAAUUUACUAAAAAAUGUCAGAGGAAAGACAACACUAAAAUUAGCAACAGGAUGUUGGGCAGCUAAGCUCAUCAAUGACAACAAACAAUAUCCUGUAUGGUCCAAGCCAACAAAAGGUCUACUGUGCCACAAGUUGGAGUAGCAUGGUGGCACAGUGGGUAGUUCUGUCGCCUCAGCAAGAAGGUCACUAAUUCGAUUCACGGCUGGGCCAGUUGGCAUUUCUGUGUGGAGUUUUUGCAUGUUCUCCCCAUGUUCACAUGGGUUUCCUCCGGGAGCUCCGGUUUCCCCCACAGUCCAAACACAUGCGCUACAGCUGAAUUGGGUAAGCUAAAUUGUCCGUAGUGGUUGAGUGUAUGUCCUAGUCCUCCAGGUUGGGGUUGAGCUUUGGGCUAAUGACCCACCUUAUAAAAUAUUAGAUGUUACGAAACACCAACAUGGUGCAGCUAAAUAUAAACUUUGAUUUAAACGGCCCUGGGAGUGAGUAAGGAAGUGACACAAGUUACACAAAAUGUAAUAGUUGUUAAAGCAGGAGUGUGUCACAACACAAAAUGUAAUUCAGCUGCUCUGUCCACUCAUGAAAGCACCUAACAUAAAUAUAUGAGUGUCGGAACUGGAAUUGGAGAAGUUUUGGAGAAGCUUGCUUGACCAAUUAAGCUCUCUGCACUUUAAGGUUGGCUAUCUAGAUGUACACUAUUUACUUGGGGGAGUGAUAGGAUGUAAAUUUGAUAUGCUACCUAAAUAAAUAUUGUUGCAGACUGGGUAUAUCUAUUGAUGUCAAUGGCAUCCUUUUUGAAAGUGGCCUCUUUCAGCAGGUUAAUAUACCCUGUCACAUUUUACACAUUGUCCAUGAAUGGUUUGAAGAACAUAAAGAGAUCAAUGUGUUGCUUUGGCCUCCAAAUUCCCGAAAUCUCAAACCAACUGAGCAUCUGUGGGAUGUGCUGGACCUACAAGUGCAAGCCACAAUGCUUCCACAUUAAAACCUACAAGAACUGAAGGACCUCUGUGGGUCUUGUAGCCAUGCCUCAGCAUGAUGGUGCUUACUAGGCAGGUGGUCAUACUGUUUUGGCUCAUCUGUGUAGAUGUAUAAAACUAGCUCUAAAGUAUUUUUUCAUGUCUUCACUUAAGCUGACAGGUAAUGUGCGCUAUUGUCCUUCAGACUUAUUUACUACAUCAAGUGCUGUCAUGGGUGUGUUUUACUGAGCGGUGUCCCAUUUCUCAGUGUCUCUGCUGUUGGGACAUGCGUUCACAGAGAAAACUAAUUCCAGUGGCCUUGAUACUAUUCAUCUGUCCAGUUCUCAGCCGACCUGUCAUCGCAGUCUCUGUUUAAAUCCAUUAUGUUUUUCAGAUUUGGGCUUUUGUUUUGUCUUAUGUCGGACUUUUAUAGGAUUCAACUGAUUGUCUGUAAAGCAUCUUAAAAAGAUCUAAUUAUGUAAAUAUACUUAAAUGAUACAUUUUACUAGUUUAAAGUGAAACACUAUUAAGGUGUUUUCUAGUGCACAUAAUGAAUUCUACAUGCUUAUUAUAUAAAGCUGCUGCUUGUGUUUCACAAAUUAAAGUAGUGAAGGAUCAGACUGUAGCAAGAAAAUGUUGAAAUCAUCAUGUCAGAUCUGACAGCAAGGGCCUAGAAAUAAAACUUGUUUUGACAAAAAUGUGAUUUACUUGCAGAGCAAGUUUAAUCAUUUGGCAAGAAUUUGAUUAUUUAUUUGAUCAUCAAAUAUGACUACGUCAAACCAUCAAAAAUACCUCAAAUUGGGUGAUUCCAAUUUAAUUGGUAAAAAAUGUAAAGCUUCACUUUGUAUGCUCAAUACCAUGACAAUUAAAGCAUUUAUUUUGUAUGAA